AUGCGCAACAGAUAUCGAAAGGAACAACAAACUGACAACAACAUCAUCAACAACAUCAACAACAACAUCAACAACAACAUCAACAACAACAUCAACAACAACAUCAACAACAACAUCAACAACAUCAACAACGACAUCAACAACAACAUCAUCAACAACAUCAACAACAACAUCAACAACAACAUCAACAACAACAUCAACAACAACAUCAACAACAACAUCAACAACAACAUCAACAACAUCAACAACGACAUCAACAACGACAUCAACAACAACAUCAACAACAACAUCAACAACAUCAACAACGACAUCAACAACGACAUCAACAACAACAUCAUCAACAACAUCAACAACAACAUCAACAACAACAUCAACAACAACAUCAACAACAACAUCAACAACAACAUCAACAACAACAUCAACAACAUCAACAACGACAUCAACAACGACAUCAACAACAACAUCAUCAACAACAUCAACAACAACAUCAACAACAACAUCAACAACAACAUCAACAACAACAUCAACAACAACAUCAACAACAUCAACAACAACAUCAACAACGACAUCAACAACGACAUCAACAUCAGCAUAAAAAAAAAUUGUAUUCGACGACUAGAACAACCACAAUCAGAAAAAUUGAGAUGUUGGAGAUGA